AUGAUUAAAACCAGAACAAAACCUGUUUGUAAAACACACUUUAAUUUAUCAUCUAAACAAAUAAGCAAAUAUAGAAAAUAUAUAUUGAAUUUAGUUAAUAGAAAAUGGUUAAAAUAAACAGAUAAUGUUUCAACGGAUAAAUGUAAAAUCAAAUUCAUUGAAAAUAAAAUACAUCAUUUUGUUCCAACAGAUACAAUAAUAUAGAAAGUAAUUAAAUUUGAUUGUUAUCCAAAGAAAGGAAUACUAAAAUCUACAUGA